UCAACCACCGCCGGAAUCUCCUUAAAUGGGAAAGACAGCUAAUAUUUACUUGUUCUUCAUCUUGGUUACAAAUUUCUUAACUUCAAUUCAUUCUGUAGAUCCAAUUUGCAACUCAAAAACAUUCCCAGAUCCAAAAACCUUAAGAUCAGAUCAAAUCACAGUAUUAAUCAACGGCUACUCGGAAUCACGUAUCCAUCUCCUCCGCCGCAUCGCCGCCACAUACUCCUCCUUACCCUUCGUUGCAUCUGUACUAAUCCUCUGGGGAAACCCAAAAACACCACCAGAAACCCUAACUCAAAUCACUCAGAACCUAACAUCAUACUUCGGCGGUGCACCAAUUUCAUUACUCCUCCAAUCAACAGACUCGUUAAACUCAAGAUUCCUCCCCAGGCCCGAAAUCACCACCCGUUCCAUCGCAAUCUGCGACGACGACAUCGAAAUCGACUCGAAAUCAUUCGAAUUCGCAUUCAAGAUAUGGGAAUGGAAUCGCGAUAAGCUCAUCGGGUUCUUCCCGAGGUCUCAUGAUCUUGAUUUGUCCCUCAAAUCAUGGAUUUACACUGUCCAUUCGUAUAAAUACUCGAUUUUGUUAACCAAAUUCAUGAUCAUGAAGACGGAUUACUUGGAGAAAUACAGUUGCAGUGCUGAUAGUAGAAUCACAAUGCUGAGGGAUUAUGUUGAUGAGAUGAAGAACUGUGAGGAUAUUCUGAUGAAUUUUGUGAUUUCGGACGAAGCGGAUUCGGGUCCGGUUUUGGUCGAAGCGAAGAGAUUGAGAGAUCAUGGUGAUGCAAGGAAUGAAGAGAAUGAUGAAAUGGAGAUGAGGAAUGUUGGGUUGAGUAGCAGGAGAAGAGAACAUAGGAAAAGAAGAGGUGAAUGUAUUAGAGAGUUUCACAAGGUGUUGGGGAGAAUGCCGUUGAGGUACAGUUAUGGGAAGUUGGUUAAUUCUGUUGGGGAACAGGGGUUGUGUGUCAAAGGUGGCAAAUUGGUGUUUUGUGAUCAACAAAUCUUUUGAUUUUAAUGCAAAAUAUGUGCCCGUUGUCUGAGCAUUUUUCAUAGCUUUUGGUCGGAUAUUAUCUGGUUUUUGAACAGAACCUUAAAGGUUAGCGUCCGUAGCAAUUUUUGUUUCCAAUUGUGAAUUGCGACUUCCAGCAUCUAAAGUAAAUCCUUCAACCUAAAAUAUUAACUUCCUGGGUAGACUAACAAAAUUGCCAUUGUGGUAUUCAAGAUUAUGAUAGAGAAGCGGCGUCAAUUCACCUUAUCAAAACACGACCAAAUGGAAAGCCGUAUCAAAAUUGAGAAUGAGCAGAGAAUAUUCAAACUUUUACCCACUUGAGAUUGAAAAGGAAAGACAAAGAAAUAUUACCUUGGGGAUCAUGAAUCUGGCUCAUCAAACAAAUGAAUUAGUAUUUUUUUCAAAGCCGGAUCAUGAACAUCAUUGUGGUUGCUUGUUCUUAGUAUGUGGUUUGUUCUCUUCGUGCUCAGGACUUCCGCUUUAGUACGUCUUCUACGAUGUUGCCAUAUGACAUAAUUCAUGGCAAAUAGAACAAGAAAAAGAUCAAACCGGUAGUAGAGAUAGACCUGAGCCUGUCUUCUAUUGUCAAAAGCACUUGUAUCAACAUGUUCAUAUGCAAUAAAUGCCACGAUUGUACCAUGUUCUUCCGGUAAAU